CCACGUCUUUAUAAGUAAAAUGGCAACUCGGUGAGAUCUUCAGAGAUAGAGAGAAAGAAAGAGAGAUGGGCACGCUUGCUCCUCUUGCAGAAGAGCCCGAAAGUGAAGAAGAAGGCUUAUCUGCAAAUAAAAGAGGCUCCUUUCGAAGCUGGCUGAAGAGCCUUCAGCUCUUCCACCGGAAAUCUAAUCUCAAAGUUCUCCUCAGCGUCAUGGCCUGCCCUCUCUCUCCUGUUUCCAUCUUACCAAAACAACUGCGUGGAGUGGCCUCCUCAGCAGAGUACAUAAUACAGCAGUUUCGCGCGACCUCCGGCUGUGGCAAGCUGGAGAGAAAUCCGGCUAAAAGCAUGUUCGCCGCCGGCCGUGUGGAGAUGACCGGAAAACAUGGCCAGAGUGCCGCCGCAGCCUCCUCCUCUUGCCAAGAAGGCUCUUUUGUGAUGUGGCAGAUGUCGCCGGCCAUGUGGCUUAUCAACCUCAAGGUCGCCGGCCUGCACGUGUCUGCCGGAAGCGAUGGCCACGUCGCGUGGCGCCGCACGCCGUGGCUCGCCGCCCACGCCGCAAAAGGCGGAGUACGGCCGCUCAGGCGCGCGCUACAGGGAUUGGAUCCAAUGGCCAUUGCUGCAAUUUUCUCUUCAGCUCAGCACAUUGGUGAUAAACAAAUCGAUGAAGAAGAUUGUUUCAUUUUGAGAUUAGAAGUUGAAGCUUCUAAACUAUCAUAUCAAAGUGACAACACUGUGGAAAUAAUCGAACAUGUAAUGUUUGGCUCUUUUAGUGAGCGAAGCGGCCUUCUGCUUCACCUGGAAGAUGCUCAGUUGAUGAGAAUUCAAUGUCCUGGAGCCCAAUCUAUGUUCUGGAAGACCACCAUCAGCUCCUGGAUGAAGGAUUAUGAGCCUACUAAUGGCGUCAUGGUUGCUCGUUCAGGUCGAUCUGUAGUAAAUCUGGAGCAGUUCGGGGUUUCAGGAGAUAAGACGAUGAGUGUGUCGAUGAUAAUGGAGGAGAGAUGGAUCAUUGAUGAUGUUGAUUUCAAUGUUCCUGGACUCAGUGCUGAUUUCUUCAUUCCUCCUGAAGGGAUAAAGAGGCUUUCAUAGGAGCAAAUUUUAGCUUGUUUUGCAAGAGAGAAGAAGGGCAAAAUGAUCGCUGAUGACCAUUUUAGUUCUAAUAUAUCUAAUAUGUUAAAUUUAAUCCAUAAUAGUUCAGUAAGUACAUAAAUUUAUUAUAUUUAUAGACUAAAAUUAAGAUGACUCUAUGUAAAUAGUCUAAGACUUCGAUUGAGAUAUCGUUCUUACUAUGUUGUUUUUCACACUGCAAUCACAAUGUCGAUUUGGCCGCUGCUUUUGAAAAAAAAUUUCAACUAGAAAGUUGCUUUCUACAAUAGCUUUAAAAGAUUACUUUGUACAAUAAAGUCUUGUGAUAGUGUAAUUUG